GGCGGCCGUUGACAGAAUCGCUACUCUCGGCGGGCUCAACAAAAGGAAAGUUCCGCGAUGAGCUCAGACCACCCCGAACACCCUCAAGGACCCAUCGCGCGUGUUCCGCCGGAUGUCCUCCUCGAGAUAUUUGACGCCUGCCGCAUCGUCAACGAUGUUACCUUUGAUGAUGUCCCUUCAUCUCUGGGGCCUGAGAACCGAGUCAUCGUACGUGCCGGACCUCCUGCCGUCGCCGCCGUCUGUCAAAGCUGGCACAAUCUUGCUAUCCACACACCCACUCUCUGGACCGAUGUCCACAUCAAGUUUAGGACGUAUUCGGAUAACCUGUCGAGCGCCGCAGCCCUCCUCCGUGUCAUCCUUUCUCGAUCUGCAGAGCUGCCACUGAGCAUAUCGAUGAGGUCCCACUGCAACAAGUACAUCGUUACAGACGCUGCGAAAGCCUUGGUUGACGUCCUAAUUGAACACUGCGCGCGGUGGACGCGUCUCGAUGUCUUCGUCAGCGAGACGAUCUUCCAUCUUCUACUUCCCGCACGUGGUCGACUUGCACAGCUUCGGAGCGUACGGUCCAUAUUUCGGUUCAAGAUGUUAGCCAGGCUGGACUGGACGCCCUUACGCGACCUCUUCAGUGACUGUCCAGCGCUUACAGACGUUGAGCACUGGGGGCCGCAGAUUGACUUCCCGUGGGAGCAGUUAGAGCGCCUAAGCCUGAAAGGACGACCUUCACCUGCGGCACUUGAGCGCACGACACGCGCUCGCGCCCUUUAUCUCACGGAGCAAACUAUUGAAAGGUCCUCACAUGGCUUGCUACGACCGGAAAGUUUGAUUCGGGUCGAGCGUCCUCUGCUCCACAAACUCACGGUCGCAAGGGGCCACCGCCUCCGCUGCUUUCGCGCGCCAAAUCUUGCGGAAUGCCACGUCAUAAAGGAUACCCUCGACCCCGAAGACUUAGCCAUUGUGACACAUUACGUUCGGGGAGAAGGCGUCAAGCUCACCACACUGUCCAUCAGCGUCGGAUCUGCUCUUUCUGUUGAGCUGAGCGAGCUGUUCGCUCAUUGCGACGCGCUGCAACAUCUGCAGCUUAGGCUCCUCGCGAAAGAUCAAUCGGGAGAAGGUCUGGACGAGAAUACGGUAGCCUUCAACGACGCGCUAUCCUCCCUUGUGGUUCGUCAUGACCGCCGCGCUUACCUGCCUGCUCUUCGUCGCCUGGGCAUCAUGAUGAUCUGGGUGACUUGCUCGGAAGAGGUCGCCUCGCUGUACGACAUCGUUCGCUCACGAGCCCUUGCACCGGAUAUUGUCGCUCCUUGCCUGGAGACUCUUGUGCUGAGAAUUCGCUUUGGGCUCCAACACCCAACGUCCUUUCCGGAUGAAAUCAACAACAUCAAGGAAAGGUUGCAGUCUUGUCGAUUGGAGGGGAAGCCCGCAGUCGACAUUGACCACGACGAUUCCGUCGAAUUACGCCGUCUCUGGUGCGAAGAGUGGACUAUGGUAUAGGCACUGGGAGGCUAGCGGGUUCAAGGCGAUACGUAUACAUUAUUACUACAUCCUCUGUUGUACAAGAUACUACAGUAUGCUACAUAGAUAUUCACACAGCGCUCAGUAGCCUACAUUGAUGAUCUUCCCCUGAUACUUCUCCCGAUCGUCAUGAUCGCUUGCGCGAUGAAGUUCCCGACGUCCUUUCGCGACACCGUGUCUCCCGGCUCUUGUUCUGACGCCGUGUACGGCUCAGCUAUCCCCUUGUCCGCCUCGCACUCUCCAUGAGUCAACAGAGCCGGCUCUGCAGCUCGCCCGAGGCGGGAAGGCCCUUGCACUCGCGCCAGUUCGCGCCCACGAUGUCCUCCGCCGGCUCGGGUUCCUCCU